AGCAAGUUAGCAUUAUUUGCAAAUAAAUAGCCUGCAUAGGCAUUUUCGGUGAGGGUAGCCUAUACUACGCUAGCGCUUCUAACGUUAAAUAAAGCUGAUCAAUACGAUGGAAAACUCUGGAUCCAAGAAGUGUUGUGGUUUUGUCCGUGAUUUCUUUACAUCGGCAAAGUUCCUUAUUUACCUUGGCCAUGCCCUUUCAACGUGGGGAGACCGUAUGUGGAAUUUCGCCGUCGCUUUGUUCCUGGUCGAGUUGUACGGUAACAGUCUGCUGCUGACUGCCGUAUACGGACUAGUGGUGGCAGGCUCAGUGCUGUUACUGGGGGCCAUUAUCGGUGACUGGGUGGACAAAAACCCCAGGCUUAAAGUUGCACAAACGUCAUUGGUUGUCCAGAAUUGUUCUGUGAUUCUCUGUGGAAUUCUUUUUAUGGUGGUUUUCCAGUUUAAGAACCAGCUCAAAGAACUCGUCAAUGGUUGGUUGCUUACGGCCUGCUACAUCCUGGUCAUCACCAUCGCCAACAUAGCCAACCUGGCGAGCACAGCCACCUCCAUCACUAUUCAGAGGGACUGGAUCCUGGUCGUGGCCGGGCAGGACAGGAGUAGGCUGGCAGACAUGAACGCCACGGUGAGGAUUAUCGACCAGCUGACCAACAUCCUGGCCCCGAUGCUGGUGGGGCAGAUCAUGGCGUUCGGCUCCCCCUUCAUAGGCUGCGGCUUCAUCUCGGGCUGGAACCUCUGCUCCAUGUGCCUGGAGUACUGCCUCCUGUGGAAGGUGUACCAGAAGACGCCUGCCCUGGCUAUCAAGGCCGGCCAGAAGACCCAACCCCAGGAGAUGGUGCAGCUCAACGCCCAGAAAGAGCCUGAGGAUGGGGAGAAGCUGGGUGAAAGCUCCCAGCUGAUGAACAAGGCCGAGCAGGCGAUGGCACCUUCGCGGGAGAAGGGCAGGUGCUGCCAGCAGAUGACGGAGCCCUUCCGCACCUUCCGGCAGGGCUGGGUGGCCUACUACAACCAGCCCAUCUUCCUGGCCGGGAUGGGCCUGGCCUUCCUGUACAUGACGGUGCUGGGCUUCGACUGCAUCACCACGGGCUACGCGUACACGCAGGGCCUGAACGGCUCGGUCCUCAGCCUGCUCAUGGGCGCCUCGGCCGUGUCGGGGAUCUGCGGCACGGUGGCCUUCACCCAGAUCCGGAAGCGAUGCGGCCUGAUCCGCGCGGGCUUCGUGGCGGGCGUGGCCCAGCUGUCCUGCCUCCUGCUGUGUCUCGUCUCCGUCUUCGUCGACGGGAGCCCCUUCGACCUCAGAGUCUCGCCCUUCAGCAGCGUCGUCAGCCAGUUCAUUGGCGACUCCGGCCCUGAUCCCGAGGGCUACCCCACCCCACCGAGCACGCUCACCACCACCCUCAACGGCUCCGCCGCACCCUAUGAGCUCCAGGAGCCUGCUGUGGAGUCCUACCUGUCCGUGGGCCUCCUGUUCGCCGGGGUCAUUGCUGCUAGAGUCGGUCUUUGGUCCUUUGACUUGAGCGUGACCCAGCUGAUCCAGGAGAACGUGAUCGAGUCUGAGAGGGGUAUCAUCAACGGCGUCCAGAACUCCAUGAACUACCUCCUGGACCUUGUGCACUUCAUCAUGGUCAUCCUGGCGCCCAACCCCGAGGCUUUCGGCCUGCUCGUCAUCCUCUCCGUCUCCUUUGUGGCUACGGGUCACAUGAUGUACUUCAGGUUCGCCUACAAGAGCUUGGGGAGCCGGCUCUUCCUGUGCUUUUCGCCUUCCCCCAAAAGCGGGAGCCACGAUCCCACUCUUGGCCCGACGGUGUAGCUCCUCACAGGGGCUGCGUCACUGGUUGUGUUUUUAUCUCAUGUUCCUGCAAGUUCCUGCCAGGGACUGAUAUCAUGCUGUAACAUGCUUGCUUUCAUCUGUAUCACUACAGCAGCUGCAUUUAACCUUGCGCGCUUUGUUUGUGCUGUGUACACCGUGCUGUCCUUUACACUGGAGCACUUUUAACACACUGUAAAUGUGAAGCAAGAGCUCCUCGUGAGUGCUGAUAGUCAAAUGGCCUUGAGAAGAAGAAUGGCAGGUUGGGAUUUUUGUCGGUGUGUCAUCCCUUUGACCUUUGAUCACUGACUGAGUUAAAUUUUGUUAAAAGGUACUCGUAGUGUAAAAUGUACUCUUAUUAGUUGAUUUUGGGAAUUGUGCUUACCAUCAGUCUUUCUGAAAUCGUUUUUGACUGUGAUUCCUGUGUGUCACUUUCAAAUAAGGACAGAUUUGAAAUAAGGACUGACUUCAUUUCAGCUACCUUCCAUUGGAGCUGAAUCGACAACAACCCGUACAUUUAAUUAUCUUUCUUAUUUCAAACCAAACUAACUCUCAAUUAAAAUCAGCACAAUAUUACCAAAGCUGAAUUUUGUAUUUGCUUCCAGCGUGAAGGCUGGUAUGUGUGCAGUCCAUACCAGCCAGAAGUGACAGUCUAGCACAUGACGAUACUGUGGCACCGUGUUACAUAGUUAAUCUAUGGCCACUGUGCACACUUACAUCUCACUCUAAGCCCUCCCCUGGUUCAGGCCUGCUAUUGCUAUGGGGUUAUAAUGGGUACCCUGAGGGAAUUACUCCAUCCCUGCAGUGUAGUGAGUUCACAAAGUCACCUGUUACACAGAAAGAGAUAAGUGCAGUAGUCCAUGUGUCCUGAAGUUAACCGAGCUCGUUCAGGGGCCAUGGUUCACUCUGCCUCGUUUAGCUCUGCGUGGCUUAGCUGAGUGGAACGUUAACGGACUCCUGAUCGCACACACGCAGAGCCAAUAUGUGGUAUAUUAAUAUGCACUUAUGAGUCGUUUUUAGCUCAUUCCAGAACCUAACACCUAUAUUCCCAGUAAUAAGGUUUGCAUAAUGUAUAUGCACAUUUGCUAGACAGUCAUACAAACCCGCUGAAAAUCUAUAUUGUACAUUUGGUGAGGCAUCGCAUGGAGAAUAGGGCUCAUCUUACAUCUGGCCAAGCAGAGGUGGUGUUAUCAAUAUGGUGGAGUUUCAGAAUCAGGGUGGAAAACUGUUUCUGCACCAAAACCAUUUCAGUCAGAAGCCUUGUUUCAUUCCCCUAAAAAUAUCUGGCAACCUCACGGUCGGCAGAAAAGACUGGCGAAUAUAGGAAUUUUCGAGCAAGAUGUGCUUUUUGGCGCUUCAUUCAAGACACAUUUGUUUUUAUGUGUAUACCUAACUAAUUCUAUGUAUGCUUGAGUAUAAUUUGAUAUCACUGCAACUGUAUAGAAAUGUCUGUUUUUUGUACUUAUUGUUGUAUUUAAGCAAUACUUUUGGCAGGAACUACCAAAUUACAGAAUAUCAAAGGUAGUUUUGUACAUUUUAAAUAGAUUUUUUCUUGAAAAAGUAAGAUGUAUAUAAAAAAACAAUUUUAUACUGAGCAUUUAUAUUAUUGUAAUACAGAAAGCCUAAGAGCUGGCUUUUGUUAAUUGUGUUAAUGUUGAUUGUGCCAAUAAACUCUCCCUUAUGGUGGUAGAGGUGCUUUUGGGUCAUUAGUAUUAUGUGUGUACCAUGGGGCGUGUGAAAAUAAACCGUAUAAUUCAA